GGGGACAGGGAGACACCCAUGGAUACUGGGGGUUGCAGGCUUCAGGAUCAGCCUUUGUGCCCUCCUCAGCUGGAGCCCCGUGGGGUGAAGCACUCCCUGCAGAAGUGAUGUCUACAUAUGACUGUUCCAGUGCACUCCCCUGGGGCUCUGCCUGCUGGCUUGAGGGGGCCUGGCCUUGCUGGAAUGUCUAUAGAAACCCAGGUACCAAGCAGGAUGGAAGAGCUGGAACCAUCUGCUCUCCCCCUACUUAUAAACUCAGUGAGAGGAGAGCGUUUGGUGAUGACAUCACAACAAAUGCUCUCCUUUUAUUCAUCAUACUGCCAUCUGUGACAGAUACUUCAUGUGCCAAGCAUGCAAGUAGGUGCUUGGGCAGGGCAGGAUGGUGCAGCCUUGACCUCUGUGCCAGCACCACCACAACUUCAUUUCUCCCCUUUGAAAACAGGUGGUCCCCCGGAAGGCUUCCUUCUCUCACCCUGAAGUCUCCGCAGAGUGAACAGUGAAGUUAGACAGGAAAAAUGAAGAGCUCAAAGCUGAGAGGGUCCAGUUUAAUGCGCACACCCUCAGACUUCCCUGUGACAGAAAGGCAGAUACAGAUGGAGUUCUACAGGCUGCAGAAACAGCUCCAGAUAGCCGUGGAGAAGAGAAAAUCUUUCGGUGCUAGCACGAGGCAACAAAUGCAAACUCAGGAAAAAGAAAUCCAGUCACUAAAGCAAGAACACCAAGAGAUGUCAUUAACGCUGAGCAAGAUCAGGUCCCUGAGAAACAUGAUUCACGAUGACAGAAACUGCAAGGAGCUGAAAUGCCUUCUGCAGACCAAGGAUCAGUAUGAUUGUCUGAUUAGAGACAGAAAAGCCCUGGUGUCUGAGCUGGACAAUGAGAUCCUAGAGCUGCAAAAGAAGGUUGAGAGGCAAAAUGUGAUAACAAAGAAAGUGAAGCAAGCAAACUGCAGCAAAUGGCUCCAAAACCAGACUCAGACACUGGAGUUGCACUUGAACAAUGUCACUGUGCGUUUUGAUACCAUCCUGACCAUCAAUAAUAAGCUCCAAGAAGAGAUCGAAAACCUUCGAAUUCAGAAAGCCACUUUGGACAACUUCUACUCAAAGCUCCAUAAACACCUGGCCCAGCAGAAAAGGAGGAUGGACACUGCCAUAGAGCAGGGCACGCAGGCACACAAGCAGCGGGUAGAGUAUCUGGCAAGGAUUGCAGCCAUGAAUGAAAGGCACAGACAAAACACUGCCCAGUACAACAUUGAGCUGCAGGAACGAGAACGGAUCCGUGACCAGGAGAACAAGCUGAAAACCUUUGUGCUUGCCAAAUAUACAGAUCGCUCUGAAUUGGAGGAACAGGCCAAAAAGAAGGAAGCCUUGAAGACAGCCCAGAGGAUGAAACGAAGCCAAGGGGAAAGCUUUGAGAGCCGGGAGGUGACAUACAAGAGACUGCUGGAGCUGGCAGAGAAUGGGAAUAUCGACCAGCUUGUGGAUGGCUUCAUUGAAAAGGAGGGGAAGAAUUUUGCCUACUUCAGCUAUGCCACAGAGCUGAACAGCGAGAUGGAGAAGCUGCAGCAGAGAAUCAAGAACCUCCAGAAUGAAAUCACUCUCUUCACGACUGAGCAGGAGAACACAGAGACCAACAGCCUUCAUGUCCUGAAGGAGUUAGAGGAAGAGCUCAGUCAAAACACUGAGAAAGCCAAUGACUAUGAAGACAGAUGCAAAGAAAGCAGCAAAGUCCUUGGCCAGCUCAAAUCUGCCAUUGAGGUCCUGUUCAAAGAGAACAACUGUGAUGCUACAAAGAUCAGAGAGCAGCUUGGAGACAAGGGGCAGAUCACAGACCUGAAUCUGAUGCAGUAUUUAGGUCUGGUGGAGAAGAAGACCAAUGAGCUGCUGCUGAUGGAGUCAAUCCUGCUCUACACAGAGGCUGAUGGCUCGCUGACAGCCCAGUCCUUCAACAAUCCCCUGCUGGGUGGCACCAAGCUCCUGCAUGGCAUGGAUCGGGCCCACCUCUGCCCACCACCUCCCGCCCUGCUAGGUGCCAUUGAUGCUGCUGAUGCCCUUGAGGCACCGCUGGACCACGCUCAGCUGCGUGAGCUGCUUCUCCCGAAAUACCAGAAGGAGCAAGGCAGUGCUGUCAGAGCGGACAAGAAGGGGAGGAACGACAUCAAGGCAUGACAGCCUGGUGGUGCUGUGUUAAAUAAACAGACCUGUCCUCAAA